CACCACUGCCCCUCACUUCUCGCCCCCUCGACCUCGACCUCCCGCCAAUCCCCCACCGCCGCCACCAUGACGACCCCCGCCGCCGCCGCACCCGUCCUUGCCGACCCCCACGCGCCCCUCUUCAACACGUCGCUCAUCUCGCCCGACGUCCAGGCCGCCCUGCCCGCCGGCUACUCGGUGCGCCCCGUCCAGCGCGCCGACUACCACGCCGGCUUCCUCGACGUGCUGCGCGUGCUGACCACCGUCGGCGAGGUCAGCGAGGCCAAGUGGGACGAGCGCUUCGACUGGAUGACCCGCCGCAACGACGAGUACUUUUUGGUCUGCGUGCUGGAUGAGAACAAGAAGGUUGUCGGCACCGGCGCGUUGAUUGUCGAGCGCAAGUUUAUCCACAACCUAGGCCUCGUCGGCCAUAUCGAGGAUAUCGCGGUCGCGAAGGACCAGCAGGGAAAGAAGCUGGGCCUGCGCAUCAUCCAGACCCUGGACCAUGUUGCGGAGAAGGUCGGCUGCUACAAGACUAUCCUCGACUGCUCGGAGGCAAACGAGGGCUUCUACGUCAAGUGCGGCUUCAAGCGCGCCGGCCUCGAGAUGGCCCACUACUACUAGGCUGCGGGCAUCGCGAGCGCAGCAGCAUUGCGGGAAUUUCGAAUGCUGUGUGCGUCGACCACAUAAUCUUCUUUUUACGACGUGGACGAGCGGAUGCGUAUAUGCGUGCAGGGUGGAUGCGGCACAGAGUCGGAAAGACAGACGACCGGCGUGCGCCAAAUGGAGCUCUUGGACGGAAAUGGUGGGCGGAAGAGGUGGAUUCUGAGACAUGCUUGGCUGGUAAGAGCGCGGUAUAUGAAUGGGUA